CACAUAGCAGUAGUGUCUAGCAAACUCUAGCGUGGUCCACAGAGGUGUCUCCCACUGAUUUGCUGUGUAAGUUCAUAGCUUCAGGGAAAGUCAGCAGUGAAACACCUUCUGCUUUUGGCCAAGAGCAGAGGUUUUCUAAACAAAUGGAAGGGUUCGUCAGAAACUUUCUUUAACCUGAGCAAAAUAUACAUCGUUCAUUUUGCUACGCGGCCUCGCCACCCAGUCCGGUCAGGUCGCAUCACUAAACUGUAGGUAAGAGCUACCAGCCGGAAAGCUACGUUAGAUUGAUCUGUGUCCCUUCCCUCUUCAGUUAACUUUAACUUUCCAUCUGGUACGGGCCGCUCCUACGUGCUUUCCCAGAAACGGGCUUAAGUCAGACACAUUGAUCACUUCUUAGGAGAACGUGAAUCUCCGCAGACAGAACAGCGUGAGCUUUCUCCGGGCCCUCUCAAAAAACGCGGUGGCGGCCGCCAGCUCUCGGAGCCUCUUCUGACGGCUCAGUGGAAGAGCUCCACUCUCCAGUCACCGCCCAACGCGGUGGGACUCGUCGCCGACCCAGCUCCUCCGCAGGGGGCGUGAGGGGCGCCACCCAGCUCCGCAGAGGUAGGAGGAGGAAGAGGCGUGACGUCGCGGGAACUCCCAUACGACGUUGCGUGACGUCGCGCGAGGUCGGGGCGGGGCGAGCGUAGCCGGCGGCCCUCGGGCCCUCCCCCAGCGCUGGAAAACGCGGGCUGCCCCGAGGGGGCGGCUUGGCUGCUGGCGGUGUGGCAGAUUAGUGAGGGUACGAGCAGAAAAGCGAACGGCUGUCUCUUCCCCUCUCCAGAGCGUGCUCGCGUUCCUGCUGGGGCUUUCGAGAAUCUCGACGCAAUCUUGCAAGCCGUAUUUGAACUGACCAAAGACAACUUCAGACCUGUAUAAUGUAACAGAAAAGGUCAGAAAACAUUAGGCAGUAGAAGUGUGAGCAUAUUAAGUAAGAUGAACGUCCCGGGAAGCAGCUGUGGAAGCCCUAGUUCUGCAGAUGUAUCUAAUGACUUUAAGGAUGUUUGGACAAAACUAAAGGAGUGUCAUGAUAAAGAAGUACAAGGUUUACAAGUAAAAGUAACCAAACUGAAAAAGGAACGAAUUUUAGAUGCACAGAGACUAGAAGAAUUCUUCACCAGAAAUCAACAGCUGAGAGAGCAACAGAAAGUUCUUCAUGAAACCAUUAAAGUUUUAGAAGAUCGAUUAAGAGCAGGAUUAUGUGAUCGCUGUGCAGUAACUGAAGAACAUAUGCGGAAGAAACAACAAGAGUUUGAAAAUAUUCGACAGCAGAAUCUUAAACUUAUCACAGAGCUUAUGAAUGAAAAGAAUACUCUACAGGAAGAAAACAAAAAGCUUUCUGAACAGCUGCAGCAGAAAAUUGAGAAUGAUCAACCACAUCAAGCAACCGAUCUUGAAACUGAGGAAGAUGUUAUUCCAGAUUCACCAAUAACAACCUUUUCAUUUUCUGGCGCUAACCGACUACGAAGGAAGGAGAACCUCCACGUCCGAUACGUAGAACAAACACAUACUAAACUGGAGCACUCUGGGUGUGCACAGGAAUUGAGAAAAAUACCAAAGUCUGCAACUCAUCCACCACAUAAACAUAAUGAACAUGAAAUUCUAGUGGCUGACACUUGUGAUCAGAGUCAAGCUCCAGUGGCUAAUACACAUGGAAAAAGCAGUUAUCCUCCUGAUAAUUUAGCUACAGUUGUUGCUGAAACACUUGGACUUAGUGUUCAAGAUGAGUCUGAAUCUCGAGGUCCUAUGAGCCCUGUUGGUGAUGAGCUCUACCACUGUCUGGAAGGAGAUCACAAAAAACCUUUUGAGGAAUCUAGAAGAAAUAGUGAAGAUAGUUUAAGAUUUUCAGAUUCUGAUUCAAAGCCUCCUCCUCAAGAAGAAUUGACUACUCGGGUAUCAUCUCCUGUAUUUGGAGCUACCUCUAAUGUGAAAAGUAGUUUAGGUUUGAAUACAAGUUUGUCCCCUUCUCUUUUAGAGACUGGGAAGAAAAACCAUCUGAAAACAAUGCCUUUCAGCAACACUUCUAAUUCUAGAUCAGAGAAACCUAGAUUAAAAUCUGAAGAUGGUGCCCUUUUCACACAUCAUAAUAUUGGGGCUGAAGUGAAGAAGAUCACUAACCAGUCAUCUUCUAAUAAGCAGAUGCUUAUAAAUAAAAAUACAAGUGAACAGGAUAGUAUUGAUCACAUUAAAGAUACUGUUACUGAUAAAGAUAAACAUGUGGUACCCCUGAAAUCACUGGGAGGCCGAACCAAAAGGAAGAAAAUCGAGGAAGAAAGUGAAGAUGAAGUAAGCUGCCCCCAAGCCUCCUUUGAUAAAGAAAAUGCUUUUCCUUUUCCACCGGAUAGUCAUUCUUACAUGAAUGGAGACUAUGUGAUGGAUAAACCUCUGGAUCUGUCUGAUCGAUUUUCAGCUAUUCAGCGUCAAGAGAAAAGCCAAGGAAGUGAGAACUCUAAAAUCGGAUUUAGGCAAGUGACUCUCUCUGAGGUUUUGAAGCCUGUUCCAAAGGGCUCUUCCUCAAGCCGUAAGGCCUUGAGUGGGAGCUGUGGGUUAACCAGAGAUUCCCCAGAAGAGCCCAGCAGCUUACAGGAGUCCCUCCUCCAGUCCUUGAAUAAAUCUCCAGAUAAUAAAACACUGUUACAAAUAAAGGAAGAAAAUUCUAUCUUUAAAAUCCCUCUACGUCCACGUGAAAGUUUGGAGACAGAGAAUCUUUUUGAUGACAUGAAGGGUGCUGGUUCUUGUGAGCCUAUAAAAAUAACCAGGUCAGUCCAUGGAGCAUGUGAACUUGCAUCAGUUCUUCAGUUAAAUCCAUGUAGAAUUGCUAAAACAAAGUCUCUACAAAACAACCAAGAUGUAUCCUUUGAAAACAUCCAGUGGAGUAUAGAUCCAGGAGCAGACCUUUCUCAGUAUAAAAUGGAUAUUACUGUAGUAGAUACAAAGGAUGGCAGUCAGUCAAGAUUAGCAGGAGGAGAGACAGUGGACAUGGACUGUACAUUGGUUAGUGAAACUAUGCUUUUAAAAAUGAAGAAUCGAGAGCAGAAGGGAGAAAAAAGUCCAAAUGGAGAAAGAAAACUGAAUGAUAGCUUGGAAGAUAUGUUUGAUCGGACUACACAUGAAGAAUAUGAAUCCUGUUUGGUGGAUAGCUUCCCCCAAGUAGCAGAUGAAGAGGAGUCGUCAACUGUUACAAAAAAACCCAACUCUCCUGGUGAUAAACAAGAUAAAGUCAAACAGAAAACAUUUGUGGAGCCAUAUUUUAAAGAUGAUGAAAGAGAGACUAGCUUACAAAAUUUUCCUCAUAUUGAGGUGGUCCGGAAAAAAGAAGAAAGAAGAAAAUUGCUUGGACACACGUGUAAGGAAUGUGAAAUUUUUUAUUAUCAGUAUUAUGCAGAUUUUCCAGCAGAAGAAAGAGAAAAGAAGUUGGCUUCCUGCUCAAGACACCGAUUUCGCUACAUUCCACCCAACACACCAGAGAAUUUCUGGGAAGUUGGUUUUCCUUCCACUCAGACUUGUGUGGAAAGAGGUUACAUUAAAGAAGAUCUUGAUCCUUGUCCUCGUCCAAAAAGACGGCAGCCUUACAAUGCAAUAUUUUCUCCAAAAGGCAAAGAGCAGAAGACAUAAAUGUUGCAGCAAGAACAGGAGAGACGACAAUAUUUUUAUUUAUAGUUAAAGUUGGUAUUAAACAUUGAUUUUUUUUGAUCUUCUGAAAACUGAUUUAUAAAUCAUUUUUCUAUUGAAAAUGUUUUGAAAUAGCAUUUACCCAUCACACAGAUGACUAUUUAAAAAUGGAUAAGUUUAUGUCGUAUUUUCUUGCUUUUGCACCUUUAAAAUAAUAAGGUGCUUUUAUUUUGCACUCUAAGUUAAAAGUUGUUUAUUACUUUAUUUGGUAAUACCUAAUUACAGUUUUGAAAAUA